GCUCGUCGCGCGGGGAGCCCCGCGGCGUGCUCGCGCUCGCGCGCCAGUACCCCUCCGACCAGCGAUGCUGUGCUGUCUCCGGAAAUAGAUGUAGUUAGUGAUUCGCGUCCAUAGAUCGACCGAUCGGGGUGCGCGAGUGUGGUGCAAAUGAGUGGUGGCCCGCUGUAGAGGGCGGAACCGUACAAAAUGUGGACCGAGAGAUUAAAGUUAUGGAGGUUUAUGUUGUGCAUGCUGUGUGCCGUGUCGGCGCUCGCGCUCGCGGCGAGAGCCGAUGACGACAUUCCAUCCGAGUCACAAUGCCGUCCAUAUAUCGAAAAAGCACUUAAAGAACUCGAAUCGGGAGACUCAGAAACAGAAUCUACAGAAAGAAACGAAUCAAGUGAAGCUAGAGUAGAUGUCGAUACGAAAGAAGAAACUUCAGCAGAAGAAGGGGCGACGGCAGACGCGGACAGCACAGAGGGCGCAGAUAGUCAAGAAGAUGCGCCGUCAGUAGAGGUUGCGGAUGAACCAUAUAUGUCUCAGGUAUCCUAUGAAGACGAUGGAAGCCCUGCCGACGCUGAAUCUAAGGAAGACGCGACAACAGAAGAGAGUGCUGAGAACCAAGCGGAUGACAGCAAAGAAGAUGAUGGAGACAGCAAGGAGGAUGCAUCUGCUGACGAACAAGAAACCGAAAAAGAGAGUGGCGAGGUAGCUGACGAGGCUAGUAAGGAAGAUUCCGAAGAUAGCAAAGAAGAUGGACAAGACAGCCAAGAAGAAGUUCAAGACAGUCAAGAAGAUGAACAAACUAAAGAGGACUCUAGUGAAGAUGGAGCCGAGAGUCAAGAAGGAAAGGAAUCGGAAGAACAAGACGGUGAUACUGCGGAAUCUGGAGCAGUAACCGAUGCGGAUCAAUCUGAGGAAGCUACCGAUGCAUCAGAAGAAGCUGAUGAAGCCAAAGCUGAAGGCGAAAGUGACGAAGACACUAAAACAGAAGAAGACGAUGGAUCUCAAGAAAAGGCUGAAUCUGAUGAAGUAGAGGGAGUAUCAGAACAAACAAGCGACUCCCAAGAAGAAAAAGACACUGAAGAAUCUGAAGAAUCUGUAAAAGAAGGAGAGGAAAAAUCCGAUGAGGAGAAAGAAGAGUCGGCAGAGAAGGACGAAUCUGUUGAAGGUGACACUGCUGAAGACAAAUCAGAGGAAAAAGAAGGUACUGAGGAAACUAGCUCAGAAGAUGAGGUAAAAGAAGCUAGCGAAGAAGAUUCAGAAAAAUCUGAAGAAACUGGUUCUGAAGAGGGUGAAGAAAGCGAAGAAGGUGCCCCAGAAGAAGAUUUACUUUUAACGUUAGAGAUUCCUGAAAAUCUCAGAUCUCGUGACCACAUUAUCCAAAUCUUGAGAUUAGAUGAAGACGCAAGCGAGGCAGAAUUAAUCAUUGAAAAAUCUGCUGAUAUCGUUCUCAGGGAUUUGAAAAGGCUUUACGAGAACUCCAUAAAGCCAUUGGAAGUUCUUUAUAAAUAUAGAGACCUGAGUAAUAGACACUUUGGUGAUCCUGAAAUAUUUUCAAAACCCUUAGUACUGUUUAUGGGACCAUGGAGUGGUGGUAAAUCUUCUAUUUUAAACUAUUUGACUGGACUAGAGUUCACAGAAUGGUCCUUGAGAACAGGUGCUGAACCAUCUCCUGCUUACUUUAAUAUUUUAAUGUACGGCAAAGACCCACAAGUAUUGGACGGUACACAAUUAGCAGCUGACUGGACUUUUUCGGGGCUACAGAAAUUCGGACAAGGUUUAGAGGAGCGUCUUAGGGGACUUAGGUAUCCCAGUAAAUUACUAGAAAAGGUGAACAUUGUUGAAAUCCCUGGAAUACUGGAAGUCAGGAAACAAGUAUCUCGAGUGUUCCCAUUCAACGACGCUUGUCAGUGGUUCAUAGAUCGCGCUGACAUCAUAUUCCUUGUUUACGAUCCCUCAAAACUUGACGUUGGACCUGAAACAGAGGCUAUCCUCGACCAGCUCAAAGGCAGAGAAUCUCAGACUCGCAUCGUGCUGAACAAAGCGGACUCAGUGAAGCCUGAGGAGUUGAUGCGUGUCCAAAGCGCGUUGAUCUGGAACAUAUCGCCAUUGAUGAGCUCCCCGCAGCCACCGGUGAUGUACACGGUGUCGCUAUGGUCUCUGCCGUACGAGCCGGGCGCGCCCGUCCGCCUGCUGCAGGCCCAGGAGCGAGAACUGCUGCGCGACCUGAGGCAGGCCAUCGACCGGCGUAUUGAGAACAAGAUCUCCAGCGCUAGGAGAUUUGCGGUCCGCGUAAGAAACCAUGCUAAGAUGGUUGAUUGUUAUCUAACUACAUACUACAACCACAAAACCAUCUUCGGCAAUAAGAAGGUUAUUGCCGACGCUAUUAUUGAGAACCCUCAGAACUAUCACAUCUAUGAGGGUCUCAGCACACUCACCAACAUUUCCAGGUACGAUCUUCCUGAUCCCGAAACUUAUCGGGAUUUCUUCCGGCUGAACCCGCUGUACGAGUUCCAGCAGCUGUCGGCGACGUGCACCUACUUCCGCGGCUGCCCCAUCACGCGCCUCGACGUCGCCAUCGCCUACGACUUCCCCGAGCUGGUCGGGAAGUACAAGAAGAUGGUUGAAACUGCCACCCCCCAGGGAAUGCCCAAGAGUUGAGAGCAGCCCCUCGCCACGUUUAAAAAAAUAACACCCGCUUUUUAUUUUAGCGAAUUGGAUUAGACGAAUAUUUUGGGCACAUUAUGCAUUUCUUUUUCUAAUUGGGCGUCGUAACUCUUAACAUUUUUUUUUAUUUAAAAGAACCCGCAUUUUUUAUUCAUUCGUUUAAUCGUAUAGUAGAUUAUUUAUUUUGCUUAAACACUCGCUUGUUCCAAUUUUUUUUUGACGUGAAACGUGAAUGUUAUAGUGUCUGGUGAAAACUAGCUGUUUCAAGAAGUUUUUUUUUUGAGUUUUUAGUCGACGUAGAAAAUGCAAUACACUUCCAUUUUCCUAAUUAACCAUUUUUAUACGAAAAAUUAAUAAAUCUAGUCAUUAUGUUUAAAGUUUGUUAGUGAAACGUUGUUACUAUUAUUUAUUUAUUUAUUGAGGUGCGUUCCUAGAGUUCUAGGAUCUAAGUAAUUAAUUUAAUGCGGUCUCAACCCUGAUUAAUGUUAGAAUGAGACACUAUGUGAAUACUUAAAAUAUAAAAUAAAAUAUUGUUAA